AUGGCGUGGCGCCUGAAGCACAACCCCCUCUUCCUCCUCGAGGAGCUCAACGACGGCACGGCGCCCCCGAAGUACGACCAGGACUCGUGCUGUCUGCCCUCGCGGCGCCGGCGCCGCGGCAAGGACAUCGCGACGUUGCGGAAGAACAGCCUCCGGCGGAACGUCGUGCGGGAGAUGACCGCGCGGACGGCGCUCCUGCAGGGCAAGAUGCGGCCGUCGCAGAUCGCGCGGGGCCCGCGGCGGAUCCUCGACGCGUUUCUCGGGUACAACGCCGAGUCGAAGCGGCGGGUCGCCGCGGCCAUCGCGCGGACGCAGGCGGCCUACCGCGGCAACCGCGCGCGGCGCCAGCUCCGCGCGGCCGAGACGGCCGCGGGCCGCGCCUUGCGGCGCGCCGCGGGCCGCGCGCUCCGGCGGCUCAAACGCGCGGCGCUGAGCCGAUUCGCGCGGCUGCCGCGCCGCGCGCGCGUCCGGCUCCUCGGCGCGGUGGCGCUCUGGGCGCUGGCGUCGGCCUUCGUCUACUUUCCGCGCUGCCUCGUCGUCGCGAUCGCCGUCGCCGCGGGCUACGCCUGGUGCCGCCUGCCGCUCGUGCUCGGCGCGCUCGCGUCGUGGGGCAUGUCGCUCACGCCGAAGCGCUUCGACUGGUCCAUCGCGUGGAUCGAGGUCUACGUCGCGCCGCCCUGGAGCGCGCGGCCGAGCCACGUGACGCUCUGCGACUGGACGUGGAAGAACCCGCCGGGCUUCGGCGGCGGCUACGUCCUGAAAGUCGACAAGUUCUCUCUCCACUUCGACGCGGCGUCCGUGCUCCGCGCGCUCAGGGACCGGCGCCGGGAGGCCGUCGCGGUGUCCGAGCUCCACCUCACGGGCGUCCACUUCUGCGCGAAGCGCAACGUGCAGGACGCGCUGAAUUUGAUGGUCUCGCUGGACCUCCAGGACGAGGACGAGAACAUCAUCUCGCAGCGCUUCUUCCGGCGGGAGGCGGGCGGCGGCGACGACGACGCGCCCCCGCGGCCCGAGGGCGCGCCGCCGCCGUUCCGCGCGCCGGGCCGCUUCAAGGUCGAGAGCGCGUGGGCGAGCCCCCGGUCGCCGCGGCCGGCCGCCGACGCCGUCGAGCCGGACACGCCCGUGCGCGACCCGCGGCGGCGGCCGCGCUGGGGCGUGCCGCUGAAGCUCGACGUCGCCCACGUCUUCGCGACGGACGUGCGCCUCGACCUCGUGGACUUCAUCCAGCGCCAGGACGGCGGCGCGCUGAGCGGGCUCUUCGGCGACUUCAACCUGCCGUUCCUCAACAUGAGCGACGCGGAGCGGAAGAACGUCGUCGUGCCCCACAUCCACGUGCCCCGGUCGGCCGUCGUCCGCGGCGCGCCGAGCCGGCGCAAGGACGGCGUCUACCUGGGCGAGGUCGUCUGGGCGUUGAUCUUCGCGCUGCUCAACAAGGUCGUCUGGCUCGCGCCGCAGACGCUCCUCAAGAACGGCACCAUGGCCGCGCUGCUCGCCGUCAAGGACGUCGCGGCGCUCGGCGUCACCAAGGCCGCGGAGCUCACGGUGAACAACCUGGGCCGCACGGGCUCGGGCGCGUCCGCGGCCGUGAACCCGACGGCGAGGAAGCGGCGCACGCGCUACCUGCCGGCGCCGCUGGAGACGCUGCUCGCGCGGCUGCGCGUGCCCGGGGCCCUGGACCUGCGGCGCGGCGAGUGCGUCCUCGAGGUGACGCUCCACCGCGGCCGGCGCAUGACGCGGUGCAAGCGCGGGCCGCGCGGCGAGCGCGCGGACCACCUCGCGGUCAACGCGCAGGCCAUCGUGCAGCUCUACAAGAGCGACGCCGACGACGACCACCUGCGCAUCGUCGAGCAGCAGGCGAGCGGCCUGCGGCUCUGGACGAAGGCGCCGUCCUGGGGCGGCGAGACGUUCCUGCUGGGGCCCGUCGCCGCGGUGGAGACGACGACGGUGCGCGUCGUCUGCAUCCACCGCAACCUCGGCGGCAUCGCGAAGAAGACGCCGGGCAAGUACGCGACCUUCGGCAUGCGCUUCGGCCGCCGCCGCGCGCCGCCCGAGGGCAUCGUCGACGACGACCUGGGGGGGUCGCUCGCGAAGAACCGCGGCUCCGAGCCGACGUCGGAGAUCGAGCUGUCGCUGUCGCAGCUCUUCCUCCUGGGCAAGGCGGGCCCGCGCAACGCGUCCAAGGGCCUCGUGGGCUGGUUCGCGCUCACGCCGCCGCGCCGCGGGCCGCCGCCGGCGGAGCUCCUCACGGGCGACCUGAAGCUCGGCUUCAAGCUCCGGAACCCGCACCUGUUGGAGAACCUGUCGCCGGGGCAGCGCGAGCGCAUACAAAAGUACCCGAAGCGCUACAUCGACGUGCUCAACGGGUCGAGCCGCGGCAUGUCGCCGCCGCCGCCGAAGCUCCGCAAGUCGCCCAAGGCCGCGCCGCGGACGCCGCCGCGGACGCCGCCGGUCCCGGUGCUGGCGGCGCCGCCGCGGCCGCGCAAGUCGCCCGCGAGUCCGGGGCUCUUCGGGGAGGAGGGCCGCGCGGUCGCGGCGCAGCGGCCGUUUUUAUAA